CAACAAUAGAAGGCCGUCGCUUGAGCAGGAAGUCGGUCACUUCGGCUGAACCAAGAGAUACUUUGUUGCUUGUACUCGGGUAUAUUCCGGCCUUUUCUUCCGGCUUAGGGCGUGUGCACCCCACACAUUUUUAGACUAAGCUUGUCGACCGUUACCACGAUCACGACCCACCUCUUCUCAAAAGCGCGAGACUGAGGAUGGAGCGAUAUCAGCCGCCUCCCUCGUCGCAGCCGCCCGAGCGGUUCGGGCUGCGCAUGUCUGUGACUGCCUCGAUUGCCCACAACAUCACUCCCCUGACGCCUGUCUCCUUUCUGACGCGAGCAGCCCUCAUUGUGCCCAACAAGAUUGCCCUCGUCCACCCGGAGCGUGGCGUGCGCUUCACCUAUGCUCAGUGGGCUGCGCGGAUUCUCUCGCUCACCUUUGCCAUCCGCAACACACCCGGCUGGAGGCGUGGCGAGCGCGUGGCCAUCAUUGCACCCAAUACACCCAUGAUCCUCGAGGCCCACUAUGCCAUUCUUGCCGCCGGGGGCAUCGACACGCCUCUCAACAUCCGAAACAACGAACGCGAAAUCGAGUACGUGCUUGGCCACAGCGGUGCGCGUUUAAUCCUCGUCGACGAAGAAUUCGCCCACCUGAUCCCCAAGCAGCUGCCCAGUGGUGUCCAUGUCAUUGUCAGCCGCGACACUGGUGGAACAAAGGGCGUUCAAGAGUCGGCGGACGCAUACGAGGCCUUUUUGGAUGGGGGAAGAAAGAUCUGGGCGCAGGCGGAAGAGGACGAGAGGAAACGGUACGGGCCCAAGGCAAAGAAAGGGUGGGAGCUCCUCGACAUUGUUGAGAAUGAGAACGAGGCAUGCGCGCUGUGCUACACGAGCGGCACCACUGGAAGACCAAAGGGCGUCCUGACCAGCCACCGCGGGUCUUACCUUGCCGCUGUCGCCAACGCCUUCGAAGCGCAGCUGACCGGCGAGAGUGUCUACCUCUGGGUGCUUCCUGCGUUCCAUGCUGCCGGAUGGACUUUUCCAUGGGCGGUGACCGCGGCUCUUGGCACCCACUAUAUCCUGCGCCGCGUCGACAACAAUCAGAUCUGGGACGCGCUCAACCAUGGUGGUGUGACGCACUACUGCGGUGCGCCCACUGUCCAGAUCGGUCUGGUCAAUCACCCAAAGGCCAAGAAGCUCGACAGAGUCGUCAAGGUGGCCAUCGCCGCCAGCGCACCCACGGCCGAUCUCCUCGCCAAGAUGGAGGCUCUGAACCUGGAACCGGUGCACGUCUAUGGCCAGACGGAAAACUACGGCCCAUUUGCUCGCCGAUACCGAGAGCCUUCGUGGUCCGACCUCGCUGUGGAAGAGCGGGCAAGGCUCAUGGCGAGGCAGGGACACGGAUUCCUCGUCGUCGACGAAGUACGCGUCGUGCGUCGACCCUCGGACGACUCGUCGCCGGCCACAGGGAAAGACGAGCGCGAGCUCAUCGACGUCGAGCGAGACGGCAAGGAGAUCGGCGAGAUCAUCAUGCGCGGCAACCUCGCCAUGCUCGAGUACUACAACGAUGCCGAUGCCACGGCAAAGACGAUCAAGCACGGCUGGCUCCAUACGGGCGACUUGGCCGUGCGGUUCCCGGGUGGCGAAGUGGCCAUCGCCGACCGGUCCAAGGACAUUAUCAUCUCGGGCGGAGAGAACAUCUCGUCGCUCAUGGUCGAGCAGGAGCUGGCGGACCACGCCGAUGUUCUCGAAGUCUGUGUCGUUGCGAGGCCCCACGAACGGUGGGGAGAGGUUGGUCACGCAUUUGUCGUCCUCAAAGAGGGACGCAAGGGCAACAUCGACAAAGAGGCCCUCAGGGCCCAUUGCAGAUCGAGGAUGAGCAAGUUUGCCGUGCCGGCGUACAUCGACAUUGUCGACGAGCUGCCAAAGACGUCGACCGGCAAAGUUCAAAAGAACGUCCUGAGAGCGAGAUUGGCAAAACUCUAAAGGGACAUUGGCUAAAAAUCAAAGGCCAACAAAAGGUCUGAAUGCAGAUGAUGAUGAUGAAGAUUACCGAUCAUUCCCGUACUCAUCCUCGUCGCUCUCGACGCCGUACAGCAAAAAGUCUUUCUUGGGCCGCUCGCCCCACUCGAUAACACCAUGUGCGCUUUUGGACGUUGAGCUCUCUCUUCUAUCUUGGUUCUUGUUUGCUGCUUUUGUACUGGGAUCCAUCGAGGAUGAUGAUGACGAUGAG